AUGCGACCAUCCGCGCUCUCCCGUUUCACCUUCACCACCUCCGUGCGGCCCAGGGCGACCCAGCCCAAGUCCACCAAGGCUGCCUCCACCGCAGCGACCGUCACUUCAUCAUCACCACCAACACCAACACCAACACCAUCAACGCCUACGCCGACGUCGACGCCGACAUCGAGAUCACGAUCAAGAGCACCACAGCGAGAGCAGCUGUCUCACUACCGCCUCCUCUUCAACAAUGUCCGUCCGCAGCUGACUGACGACCAGUUCGCAAAGAUGAGACGCCCGGAGCCCGUUCAGCUGCCCUUCGACGCCGCCGGCAACCACCCCAUAGGCAUCCCAGACGGCCCUCCUGGCGCCGGCGAGGGCAGCGAUGCCACCGGCAGAGGCAUCCUGAUUGGCCUGCUGUCGGCCUUUGGCUCUGCCGGAGUCGCCCUGCUCGUGCUCGCCCUCUUCUUCUUCUUCAGAUACACCCAGCGAGGCCGCAUCCUGCUGGACCGCAUCGGCCGGCCGGGCGAGUACGACGACGAGCAGGAGUUUGCCAGGGAAGAAGCAGAGGCCCUCGAGUCCAUGGACGAGCUGCAAGCUGCCGAGUACUUUAGAGCAAAAGCCUUUGUGCAGGCAAACCCCCCAGAGACGAUGCAGACGGAUAUAUCGCUCUCCCAGUUCCUUGCGAUCCAGGAAAAGGGUGUCUCGGCAUGGGAGUUCGAGCCUGAACUCGAGAUUGCCAACUGCUUCGUCGAGGGCCGCACAGAGAUCGAGUUCUUCGACUCCGAGUGUGGCGUCCAGAGUAACCUGCCUGUCCCAAAGCAGAAUGACGUCUACUACUGGGAGGCAAAGAUUUAUGACAAACCGGAGUCUACGCUUAUCAGCAUCGGCAUGACGACCAAGCCCUAUCCGCUCUUCAGACUGCCUGGCUUCCACAAAUCGUCCGUUGCAUACCAGUCCACCGGCCACAGGAGACACAAUCAGCCCUUCAAUCCAACUCCCUACGCACCGCCAUAUGUCCAGGGUGACGUUGUUGGCGUGGGCUACCGGCCUCGCAGCGGAACCAUCUUCUUCACCCGCAACGGCAAGAAACUGGACGAUGUAGCCCACGGCCUUCGAUCGCAGAACUUCUUCCCUACCGUUGGUGCCAACGGGCCGGCUGCCGUGCACGUAAAUUUCGGCCAGAUGGGGUUCGUCUUCAUCGAGGCCAACGUCAAGAAAUGGGGUCUCGCGCCCAUGACCGGAAGCCUGGCUCCUCCGCCUCCCUACGGCAGCGAGCAGGGAAGUAUCCUUCUCGAGGCGGGAGGUGAAAGCUCAGUCUCAGCCCAGGAAGCUGCUGGCCACCACGGCCACCAGACGCAUGGUUCGACUACCGCACCUGUACAGCAGUGGUGGCAUCCAGAGUACAUACAGCAUCACGCCCAGCAUGCUCAUCAGGUCCUGCAGCACCAACGCCAGCAGCAGCAGCAGUCACAGUCACAUAUACAUGCGCGAACCCGCAGCGGAACGGUGCGAGGACACAACCUGCACCCAUCCGCCCAGGCACCGUCUGCACCCGUCCGGACGCCAACAGACAUCUCCCUGGGCCCCUUGCCUCAUGUAGCUUCGCCCCCGGCCCCCUCAACUGCCGGAGCUGUGCCUGUUUCACCCUCGACUACCAUCACCUCAGACGCCCCCGCUGGUUCCGAGACGUCUGAGGCUACGACCGUCGUGCUGGUGGGCCACCACCGCCAUAAUAACAGCAGCAGCAGCAGCAGCAGCCGUCCACCGCUCGAUGAUGUGCCUCCACCCGAGUACCGUAGCCCAGGCCACUCGCCGCCGUGCGGCCAGGCCGGUGGUCCAGCAGGCGAGGUCCCGCCGAUACCAAGCUACGAUGCAGCUGUUCGUCAGUCCAGGGAACGAGACGGCCCGCGAGAUCGAGACAACUCUUGA